AUGUCUAGCGACGACCAAAUCAUUCACCGUUGGCUUGCCACUAAAGACCAGAAGUUGGCUGCGGUCCGCCGAUAUAAGGAUCGUAUCGCAGAAUUACGCCAGACCGUCACCGACGAUAAGGAUUUGACGGAGGAUAAGAAGAAUGACUUUUUGCUUGAACUUGAUGCAGCUGAUAAAAUGGUUGAAAAUUUGGAGAGAGAGCUCAAUAGCUUCAUAAAGGCGCUAAAGAAUUGGCAAAAUGUAAGAAAGGUCGGACUGCCUGACUUGAAUACAAGGAUAGAGAUACUCCAAGCUCAAAUUAAAGUUGCCUCUGAUGCCACUAAAAGUCUUGCCAGGCCCAUAAUAUCCUACAGAGAAAGAGAGAUAAUUGUAUCUAAUAUGGCAUCGUCCUCAGCUGACGUGCAAGGGUCGCAAAUGUCACAACCUCCAGUGCUAGAGAGCUUGCCACCUCCUCCCCGAUCGCGAUAUAACAUUCAAUCGGCACAACCUCCACAACAAGGAGAAGCUUUCUUGGCCGAAAGCGAAAUUAUCAGUGCUACCCCUUCUGCAUACUCAGCAGGACAGAACCAAGACUUAAGUCAAAUGGAUACUGCGGCACCGUCUUCUGAUAUACAGGCUGUCCGGGUAGACGUCGGUCACAGAAUUGUCCAUGCCCACAAUCAAUCGAUUGCUUCUACUAAUACUUUUGGAUAUGCUAAGCAUAGCUACAACCGCAGUGAUGAGCAAGCCGGGGAAACUAGUGAACAGAGUGGACAUGACAUGUAUAAUUCGUCCGCUUCAUCCAGAAACUAUCGUAUUGAGGACUCGGAAAAUCGAACACUAGCGCAUGACGAUUCCGAGGUGCAUCAUGGGCCGGGACACAGUGCAAACAUGUCAGUCUCUUCUUCAAACACUUUUGGAUAUCCAUCCAACCCCGACGACAACUAA